AUUGGUUUGUAACUUUACUUACUAAGAUUUUACUAACGAAAUAGGAUCUAGUUCAAAUCGACUUCUGCAUACAAUAAUUUGGUUUCCCUGCAAGAUUUCAGCCCCUCAACUCAAGUAACAUUGUAUCAAAGAAAAGUGGCCUUUGUCCUUCUUAUACCAUUUCAAAAUGAAACAAAAUCAGUUCAGCGGUUGACACGUGUGGAAAACAUAAAGACAGGUCGGCAGGUUGUGAGAGACGGCUGGGAGAUCUGUGAUCGACGGCUGGAAGAGCUGUGAUGGACGGCUGGAAGAGCUCUGAAGGACAGCUGGAAGAGCUCUGAAGGACGGCUGGAAGAGCUCUGAAGGACGGCUGGAAGAGCUCUGAAGGACGGCUGGAAGAGCUGCGAACUGAGGGGCGGCAGCAGCCUUAUAAAAGUAUUCAUUACUGACACAUAUUUUGAUGUGAUUUGCUAAUUCUAGAGGGGAGGGGAAUGCAAAUCGUAAAUGGAUCGGGGCGCCAGAUUGUACGAUGCUACAAAUAUGUGUGUAAUAAUGUAAGUAAUUAAGUAAGUACCUGCAUACAUAAGCGUGUGUGGUUAAUGUUUGUACUGUGUUCAUCAAUCUGUAGAAAAUGCGAAUGAUAUUUUCCGUUAUCACUUUUCAUUUUCUACGCUACCUAUAAACAAACAAUGCUGCAUGCUAACUUCAACAUAACCAACGUGAUGUAAAUACUACGUAAGUAUGUAAUGCUUUAUGUAAUUUUCAACGGGAUAUUAUUACUAUAUAGUACCCCUUUUUUUUUUUAUUACGCAGGUAAAAAAUGCUAUUUACAGACGACGGCGCCUUUAAGAGGCACACCGCCGAACGGACCUCACACCUGGCUUCCGCAAGUCUUACGGGCGCCCCAGUGGCUGUCCACCGAGGACCCCGCAACUUUUACGGGCGCUUUACGGCAUAAUAUCCGCUAAAAAAGUCCUGCGAAUACCCUCUAAGCUGCUUAGCGCGAAGCCGCGGGAUCCCCGUUUAGGGAUUCCUCCGCGUCUCCGCACCUAGCAGCCUCCCGGCCUAGCCGGGGCUCCACGGCAGGGGUCUCCCGGGGUAUCACGGGGACCCCGCAGACGUGCGCAGGUAGGCCCGCGCGUGGGGGUUGAGUACGCGGCCUAAUGCCCACCGUACCGCCCCCCGUCCGCUGCGGAGGGCUACUUGGGCGUGCCCAUGUAGCUCCCUCCGCCGCCCCCCUCUUUGCAGGACAGAACUACAAGGGGGGGCUGCCGUCACGAGGUCCGUCGGUGGCCGGCACAGCCAACGCCAUGCCGGUCAGCGAGGGACCCCCCGGGUAGGGUCAUGGGACGGGCGCAGCCAGGGCGCGUCGCCGUCCUCUCCUACCCGUCCUCCUUCGGCGGGAGGGAGCGGCCAGAGGAUCAUCCUCCCGCUCCCUCUCGGCCGCCUCCCAUGCCCUGUCACUGGGGAGCAUGGCCUCCACCAUGCUCCGCAGCGAGAGGGCUACUAUAUAGUACCCCUAACCUUUUAAUCUUUUCUUCCUUUUAAUUCUUUUUCUUUAAAUUCUAAUCAGCCUUUUAAUGUCUCCACUGCUGGGGCGCAGGCACAGGCCUUCCCUAUAUAUAGAAAAGGAAGAUUGGGCCAUGACCCAGUGCUGAUUGCUGGAUGCUAACGACUGGAGAUGCAGACGAGACCAACGGCUUAACGUGACGCCGAAACCUGCCGAAGAACGGAGGAGCUCAAGAUAUUAUGCUUUUGGUCACCCAUCCAAUGAACGUCCAUUGCGAAAGUUGCUUAACAUCCACUAUCCACUAAACGCACUAACGACCUGCGCUAUCGAGCUCCUCGAACAAAUCGAAUGUAGCACGUUAAAUAAAAUAUAAAAAAAAAACUACCCAGUGAGGCCAGUAAAACCUAUUAUGUGCCCAACUACAGUUUACUAUAUUUUAGGAUCAUUGCCCCGGCGAUAUACUGUUAUACUGAUACUUGCUUGAUAUUACUGUUUUACUGAAUUGUAAUAAAUUAUUAGGUACUUAGUCUCCACCGUGUAUAGUUUUAUUAUGACGACCUAGAAUCUAGCCCCCUUAUUAAUAAACGAGGAAUAAGCUUAGACUAGUUACGCCGUGUUUUGUUCGUAUCACUCAAAUGCAGUUUGUCAUUCAAUGAACAGAGACAAAACAUGGAGUAACUAAUUCAAACUUAUUCCUCAUUUAUUAAUAAGGCCGUAGAGGUUUGAGAUAUCGAUUUGGAGUGUUUCUCAGAGGAUGUAAGCAGGUAUAACCUCCUGCACCGAACAGAUAGGUUGAAGAGGAAGUAAAAACAAUAUUAUAACUUCAACUGACAUGACAUUGACAGUUUGUGUCAUAAAGAGUAAAGACAGCUACUGCCGUGACAACUCAAUAAAAAAUAGGUUAGGAUUUGUUCAAGAAAAUCAUAAAAUAAGUAUAUCAAUUUACUUCCAAAAUGGCCCAAAUGAAGAAACAAGAAGUUCAAGAUAUUUUUCUUAAAAUAUUGAGAGAAGAGGAAGAUGUUUCUGCUGGAGUUGCUGCAAUAAAAACGCUUCUGACUGUAAUAGAAAAUUACAAAGUGGCAACGGUAAGAGAGCUAGAUUUGAACCUUCAGUUGGCUGUGGAUGCAAUGAGAAACUGUGACCAGCCAGUAACGGCUGUUUCCUCAGGAUGUGAAUUAUUUAUGAGGUUUAUCACUUUCGCAAAAUUAGAUGUUAAAUCUUUUGAAGAAUGUGAACAGAUAAUGUUAAAAAGAGGACGAAUAUUUUUAGAUACUUUGCUUGAAGCAAGAGGGAAAGUAGCAAAGCAAGCUCUACCUUUUAUUAGCGAUGGCUGUAGAAUAUUAACCCACUCUCGGUCUAGAGUAGUAUUACAAGCAAUGGUAGAAGCUGCAAGGGCGAAUAAAAGAUUUGAAGUCUAUGUUACAAUGUCUUGUCCUGAUAAUAGCGGUGAAUUAAUGCACAAACAAUUGUUAGCAGAGGGUAUUGACGCUACCUUAAUAUUGGAUUCUGCAGUAGGCUACAUUAUGGAAAAAGUUGAUAUUGUUAUGGUUGGUGCUGAAGGCGUCACUGAAAGUGGAGGUAUUAUUAACAAGAUUGGAACAUACGGUCUAGGAAUAGCUGCUUUAGAACUCAAGAAGCCAGUUUAUGUUCUAACAGAGAGUUUCAAAUUCUCAAGAAUAUACCCUCUCAAUCAACAAGACCUGCCCAAUGAGUUUAAAUACCUUUCCAGUGUUCUGAAAUCAGGUAAAGAUCUAAAGAAGCAACAUCCCUUGGUAGACUACACUCCACCAGCAUACAUAACAUUACUAUUCACUGACUUAGGUAUUCUAACGCCAUCAGCUGUCAGUGACGAGCUAAUAAAACUGUAUUUGUAAAUAUGUACUUACAUUUUAUAAAAUAAACUUUUUAUAUUAUAUAACUCUUUCAUUAAAAA